GAAGUGCCAGGAUCAUGAAUGUUGACAUGAUAUUGUUCUUAAUCAUGUCGGGUGUAUACAUCUUUUUUGGAGGACUAGGGAAUAUAAUAAUUUUUACAGUGUACAGGCGACAAAAGGAGGUUUAUAACCAGAAAAUAUUCAUCAAAACCUUGGCAGCAUUGGAUUUAUUUAUUUGUGUCGUGAUCAUUCCUUACUCAAUCUUGUAUGAGCUUCAUCGUGUUCAAAAUGAUGUGAUUUGUCGAAUGAUGGAAAUAGUGCGUCACUUGGCAACACUUACAAGUAAUUCUGUUCUUUGUGCCAUUGCUUUUGAGAGAUAUGUUGCUAUCUGUCACCCGGGGAAGAAACUUGACCAGCAGGCGAUAAGAAAAAUUAUGAUUUCUUUGACAAUAGUCGCUCUUCUAUUUUCAGCACCUGCUCCAGCUAUUUUUUCCGUAACAAGAAGUAAAUCGAGGGGAAUACUCGAUGAAUACUGUCAGUUCACAACAUCUGAAAUAGGCAUCUUGGGUACUACAAUUUAUCAGGGUUUCCUUAUGUUACUUUGCAUGUCUGGAAUUCUAAUCGUUAUUGUGUUAUAUGCUUUGAUCUAUAGACGACUCUUAAAACGUGUUCUUCGUCGGCGGCGUUCAAUGUCCAGACCAAUUACUCCUAGUAAGUAUGUCGUAAGAAAAAUUAACGAGGGAAAAGAUCAUUCAACGGACCUAGCAAAAGAAUUAAGUGGUACUGAAAACGAAGUCGUUUUAUGUAUAGUCGAAAACGAAGCUUUGGUGGGUUCCAAAAGAGAUAAAAUACAACGAAGAAGCGCGGUCGAAACAAACUCCUCAAAAAUUGUAAACUUUACACCAACAGAGCCCGACAACAACGAAAUAUCGAGCGAACAUAACUCAGGUAUUGAUCAGAAAAAUACAAGGAGGAAUACGAAAGACCGCCACGAUUUACCCGAGUUAAGAAAAACUCCGGCUAAAAAGAAACACAGACCAAAUCGUCAGGCCAAACCAAACGUUAGAAGGAAAACUUCUAUUAUGCUUUUUGUUUGUUCUUUGAUCUACGUGGUUACAUGGACGCCCUUUUGGUUGGAUGUUUUUAACGUUACACAUAGUCUUGUUUUGCGCUACCUUUUCUUUUUUGGCCAUGCUAGUAAUCCUGUCGUUUAUGGAAUUGUUAACAAUCAAGUUCGAGCUGAUGUCAUUAAGCUAUUCAAAAGACGAUGACUCUCUUUAAGUGUUUUAUUGGAAUACUUAAUCGUUGGAUUUUGUAAUUUACAUUUACCGGUGACAUACAGCGAUAAUAGAAUAUGAUUUCUGCUGAAUUCGAAUUGUAAGUGAAUUGUCAAAUAAACAGAUAUAGUAAACAAAUUCCACGAUGGUUAUAAAAUUAAAAAUUUAUUUGCCUUGGACAUAAUCAUAAAAUUCU